AUGGCACCGACACGCGUUGGUAUCAUCGGAUUAUCUGCCAAAGACGCACACGGGGGCGCAGGAGCCUGGGCCGUGACGGCUAUCCUCCCAUCGUUCCAAAACUCCCCUGAAUACGAGAUUGUCGCCCUCUGCAACUCGUCCGUCGAGGCCGCCCGUCGAUCAAUCGAGAUGCACAAGCUUCCAAGCUCGACCAAGACCUACGGGGACGCCGAAGAGCUCGCAACGACCCCGACCGUCGCCGUUGCCAAGCACUUCGAGCUGACGCUUCCAGCGCUCGCGGCGAAGAAGCGCGUGUAUGUGGAGUGGCCUCUCGGAGCCUCGGUGGCCGAGGCCGAGAGGCUGACGCAGCUGGCCGAGGCAAGCGGACUGAAGACGAUCGUCGGCCUUCAGGGCCGUGGCGAUGGUCUCACCGCCAAGUUGAGGGAAAUUAUUGAGAGCAGGGAAAUCGGUGACCUCCUGAAUGUUUCUGUCGUCGGUGCGCUCCCUUACUUGCCUCCGAGCAUAUGGGUCGAGGGCGUGGAGUAUUAUGCCGACAUCAAGAGUGGAGGCAACGUGUUUCACAUCGCAUUCGGACAUUUCUUGGACUCCUUUACUCAUGUCGUCGGCGACUUCGAUCUCGACAGUCUGUCGUCCGUCCUCAAGAUCGAUGCCACCCAGAUAGUCUUACUCAAUGCAGAUAGGACCAAGGUCGUCGACCCGGCCUACCCAAAAAGCUCGCCUGAUCACAUCCUUGUGCAAGGGAAGCUGAACAAUGGGGCAACAGCUUCGCUCAAUUUCAGGGCAACCAGCGUCACUGUCGAUAACAUUGGCGGCCGGUGGGUUAUCAGCGGCACCAAGGGAGAGAUCGAGGCUAGUUGGGGACACGGGACAAUGUGGCAGAUGCAUGACCCUAGCAUGAAGCUCCGAGUGAAGCUAGCCACUGGAGAGGAGCGGAACGUCGAGCUACUGAAGUCAGAUAGCCCUGCCGUCACCAAUGUUCAAGACGUCGGGCUGAACACGGCUGUAAUACUGGACGCCUUUGCAAAGGGGGACAGCUCGCGGUUCGCAGACUUUGGUUCGGCCUUGAAGACCCACCGACUAUUGGAAGAAAUCUUGCAAAGAUCGGGAUACAAGUUCUAG